AUGAACCCUAGACAACUCAACGGCCACAAUAAACCAUUUGACGAUAACGAAGCAGAAAGCGAGCUUAGUGAGCCGGACAGCAACGUUCAUUCGCCAUCAGGGGUGGGUUUGAAUGAUCAAAAAGGCUCCAUCGUCGUUGAUGCCAAUACUAACGCUGAUCAAAAGUCUUCACCUCUUCGUGUUAUUUCCGAAAACGAAGACGAGACUAUGACAGAUACCCAAAAUGAACCCGCAGUUUCGCACUAUCCUAAACGGAAGCGAAACUCGGUCUUUACCGACCUUAGUGAGAGCAAGAUGGAAAGUCCCAAUGACGAAUCCAAGAGCCCUCUCCCUGCGCAAGGCCUCAAACCUAAGCCGUCGCGACAGAAUAUGGGAACAGUCAGAGGUGUUCUUCUAGGCCACUGGAGAGAUUCGCCAAUUCCAGAUCCCGAAGGCCGUCACGCGGUCAUCGGCUUCAUUGACGUGCGCGACCGGUUACGCACUCGAAUCCAGCCUUACACCGUUGCCAACGAGCUAAUCAGCAACGAGUACCCCAUGCCCCCCGGACCCGGUGGUAGCUGGGUUACUUUCGAACGGGUCGUAUUUUCUAAGCACUUGGUCGGCCUUGAUCAUUUCCAAGUCAAGGAGUAUGUGAGGCUGCGCACUGAUGUCCAGGAAGAGACAGAGGAAGAGCGCAAGGCUGCGGAGAGCAGAGCAGUCAAGGAGGCCAUACGCAGAGUCAAAGAGAACCCUGCUUUUGAUAACCCGGCUACUCAGCCUGCCAUAGCCCACGGUCUUGAAUUGCCUGACUCGGCCUUUAGCCCCGGACGGCCAGAUGCCAAGAGAAGACGCGUGAGCGGUGGCUUUGCCGCCAUCAACCCCGGUGGCAGCCACAGUCCGCCAGAGCAUUCGCCCUUGCUACCAUCUCAACCUGCUCUGCAACCUCGUCCACCCCAUGUCCCAAAGCUGCAUGGCCCUCUUCCAGGCACCCGCCCCACUCGCAUCUUGCUGGGCUACUGGAAGGGCUCUAGCGAGGAAGACCCAAGGGACCGCCACGCAGUUUAUGGCAUCUUGGGACAGAAUGAUAUGUUCAGAGUCAAAGUAGUUCGCGAAACCCGCGAUGGCAGAUUUGUCGAUGGCAACUUCCCCUCUGGUGCAGGCGCGCUGUGGAUUCAAUACGAAGAGGUCGAAUUCGAGCCGCACCUGAAGCCCCUCCAGAGGUCGGAGAUUAAAGAGUAUUGCCGAGUCCGUCAGUAUCAACUUGAUCAAGGCGAAGUGCCCGAAGACCGCAUUGGCAACGAGAUCAGAGCCGUACACGAAGCUCAGGCUCGCGCAGGCUCCGGCUAUAGACAUAUUCACCAGCCCAUUGCCCCGUACCACCCCAUUGCAGCUGAUGACUCGGACUUGGCGAAUGGCCGGUCAGAUGUUGGUGGAGCUCAGCACGAACUCCGGCAGUCACGCCGCGGGGAUUCUCGGGCUACUCCUCGACAGUCCUUCAACGAAAACGACCUGCGCCAGCCGCGAGCUUAUGCCGAACAGGAACCUCAACGUCCAGACUCCCGAUCGACAAACCGCGGAAUGAACUCGGACGGAAUGGAGCGAACCAACGCGCUUGCUCGCAGAGAGAUUGCGCGAGUCGAGGCUGCUCAGGGCCGUGCCGACCGCCAUGCCAUGCACCGAGAACGAGCCGCUGCCCUCGUCGCUGACGCUGCGGCUGCGGCUGCUGCCGCCUCGGAAGAUAUGCAACGCCUGAAUAAGGUUUGGGCGCGCCAGGAGUCUUUGCGUCUCAAGGCUGGCGCCGAGGAUGCCAAGGUGUACGACGGCGUCAAGUAUGAGCGCAAGACGAAUGGGCCGUUUAUGGGCAAACUCGUGUCGCAAGGAACCAUUAUCAACAUCGAUGGGGAAGACUAUGUUGAAUAUCGCGUUCUUACUAAGCCCUCUUUUUUCUAA